CUCCGUUGUUGCCUGGAUCGAUCGAUCGGCCGAGAGGCGCGAGAGGGACAGGUCGGGGCAGCGCGAAUCGCCCAAGUGGGGGAAGGUGGCUGGCGCUACGAUGAUGAUACGACUCCAGCGCCUCUAUCUCUCUAUCGAGAAAAAGAAUUGAAUUUGAACGCAAUGGAAUACAACCAGGAGGGAGCCAUUGGAAACGAGGGCUAGAAAAGGGUCAUGCAGCUGUCAUCCCACCCCGGAACCCUCUCGUCCAGCGCACGGCCGCCCCCUUCCCUCCCCUCCCAGUUGUGAUAUCCUUCCCCUCCCCCAUCUCUUCCGAGGCGCAGCGGCUGGGUUAUGGAAGAGCAGCUUUCCACCCGGAUCGAGCGAUUAAGAGAGAUAGCCGGGAGGUGUUUGUGCAAGAGAGCCUUCCGGAUCGGACCAAACCGGCCCGGCCAAAACCAGUGCUAGGCUGACCGCGGACGGACCAAUCGGCGAGGAGAAGCGGAGGAACGAGGGUCGACUCGGCUGCGCGUUCGCGGGUUGCGUCCUAGCAAGCUACAGUUGGAAGAGAUGGCGGCGACGGCGGCGGCAUCGUCGUCGUCCCCGGCUGGCGGCGCCUCGUCGCCGACCCAGGCGCCGGGUGGAGGUGGAGGAGGAGGAGGCGGCGGCGUGCCGUACCACCGGUCGCGGUUCGGCGACACCACGCUGACCAAGGUGUUCGUUGGCGGGCUGGCCUGGGAGACGCCGUCCGCGGGGCUGCACGACCACUUUCGGGAGUACGGCGAGAUACUCGAGGCGGUCGUCAUCACCGAUCGCGAGACGGGCCGAUCCAAGGGCUACGGAUUCGUGACGUUCCGGGACCCGGAGUCGGCGCAGCAGGCGGUGCAGAACCCGAACCCGAUGAUCGCCGGCCGGCGCGCCAACUGCAACAUUGCGUCUAUGGGCCCGCCGCGGCCGUCGCCGCAGAGAGGGCGGGCCCCGCGCGGGCCGGAUCAGCAGCACUCGGGCCCAGAGCCAUACAUGGGCGGCAGGAUGCACCACCAGCAGCAGCAGAUGCCCACCCCGCCUCACGCCAUGUUCUACAACCCUUCACCGUACGGGUACUGGUACCCACCUGAUUAUCAAUACCAGCAGGCCUUUUACAAUCAAAUGCAGCAAAACUACUCUCAGCAGUAUGGCCAAACAUCCCCUUCAACAUCACCAUACCCAUACAUGGGGUACAUGACAAGUGGCCAGAAUCCAAGGGCCGGCUUCUCGCCAUUGCAGCAGCAAGCUGCGCGGCCGCCGUUCUUUCAGCAGCCGGCCGAGGGUUCUUUCCAGGCAGCGCCUUCGCUCCCUCCUAAUUUCAGACUCCAGUUGCCCCCUCGUGCAAUCUCAAGGCAGUCUGAUGAUGUAUCCGGCUCACAACCAACUCAGACAGUACCGGAGGCUGAGGCUACAAACACAGAUAACCAAGAAGCGUCAGCGCCUGUUGAAAGAUCAAAUUCAGAGGAAAACACCUCCAACUGACUCGCUGAACUGAAAACUCCGCCAAAAUGAUUUGAUGCCGAUCUGGACUGGACUAUUAGUGGUUCGCAAAGGAGUACCAAAAUACUCGUUUCUUGACUGGGAAAAAAAAUAGCAUCCAAAUAUUUGUUCUUUCAUUGUUUCUGAUUCUUUUCCUAUUUCUGCACUGCAUUUAUUUGGUGAACCCAUUGUACUGCGAAACUGAAUUUCACGCCAGAAAAUGGAAUUCGCCAGAAUAAGUCCCGGAGGCAUGCUCUGCUGGUAGUCGUCUUCUCUA